AGAGUGAAGAGCGUCAAAAGUGAGGAUGGCGGAGACUGAAUCAUUACACUUAUCCAUUGGCAUUCUGGGGAUAUCUGGGGGUUCGUUGUUGUUACUGGUGAACAACUAUGCGAGCUCUCCAGACAAAUCCCUGAUCAAAGACACGGCUUUAGGAAUUCUGCUCCUCAUAUUUGCUUCUCUGCUGGCUUAUUCAGGUUUACGACGCAGCAAGUCCCACAAUGUACUCUUUGGUAGUUUGUGCCUGACAGUGUCCGCCUUAUGGUGUGGUUCAGGUUUAGUUUACAUACUUGCAGGUGAAAAUAUAAUAAAUGGCCAAAAAGGACUGAGAGAUGCUAUGGUGCCGGGCCUUGCAGCUUUCACACUGGCACUGCUUGUUAUUUGUAUUGUGGCUGUUGUGUGUCAUGAGGUUGUCCUGUCAUUCAUUGCCCUUACCAUAUGUUUAGCUUGUGCCCACCAGAUUGCUGGCCUUGCAGAUCUGGCCUUCGGAAAGGCAGCUACUGCCGUCUGCUAUCUGCUGGUCUGUAUUGUGGGUGCAUACUUUGGAAGUGGUCGCUUGUUGUCUUAUAUUACCAAAAGAAAGAUUCAGCUACCCGGAACAUUUAACAAAGAUAACAAACAGUUACAGGGUCGAUAUGCCAACGCUGUUGUGAUAAUUGGGAUAAUCAUGAAUUUGUUGUCAGCUAGUGUGCUAGCCUGCGUUCUGCUUGGUGUUGUCCCUGCUCUUUUCUCUGGUCAUGUGCCAUGGCUGUGGACCGCUGGUGUCUUUCAGCUGUGUGUGUGUGUUCAGAGCUAUAGAUUCAUGGACAACAUGGCAGCUACUUUUUAUGGCUUUACAUCGAUUCUGCAUUUCACUGAAGGAUACACUGCGUUAGUAGUGCACCUAACAAACCAGGUUCCUUAUUCUCCAGUGCCUUUUCCAGUUGUAUUCUCUGUGCUGUUUUUCAUUCUGGCUUUGUUUAGCUUGCAGGGAGGAUUUGUCAAUACUAUUUACCAACUGUUCUUUGUUGCAUACUGUAUUGCAGUUGCAUCUGAACCCCAGAGCUUCUUUCAGAGAGGAACGCAAGGUGUUCAGGCUGCCAUUUUUGUCAUGUCUUCUUUUGUGCUUUUUGUUACCCUUUAUAACAUGGCAUCCCCAAGUAAGAUACCUACAGGUGCAGGUUUUAUUAAGAACCUGUUUACUCGCAGUAAUAAAUUUGUCCUACAUACCCAUGAUAAAAAUCGGCAUGCUCCCUAUCUGGGCUAUUCCAAAUAUGCAGAUGCUGAAGUGUUGGGCCAUGCCUGCAGUGUCCUGGCUGCCUUUUCAAUUACAGCCUCACUUUCUAGUGGAAACCCCUUAGCCCUUCUCAUCCUACCUUGGACAGUAGUUUCUGGUGGUGUGUUGCACUUAAUAUGUGGUUCUGUUGCCUUUGCUCGAGGAAAGACCCUAGAGAGCACGACUUUCGUUCUUUAUGGUAUCAUGUGGACAGUGUGGGGACUGACACGCUUUGGCGGCCUCUAUGGUGAUGUGCGUGGCCUACACCUAGCAGUAGGAAUCAUCAGUUUCAUGCUCUUCAACGUAUUAGUGACAGCUGGAUCGAUGUUUCUCAGCAAGGCUUGGUUUAUCUAUACAUUCACUUUCCAGCUCAUCCUCAUUAGCUUCUUACUGGAUGCAGUGGGUGCACUGCCCUAUGGUUAUGAUAUUGGUGUGACCAUAAUAGUUGGGCUUGUCAGCUUCUAUAUGUUUUUGGCCAGCAUUUUCAACUCCACCUUUAAAAGUCCACAAUUACCACUUGGGGAUCCAUUCAUCAAGCUGAGUGGCUUUGGAGGAGGCAAAGACAGUUGCCCUCACCUCACAGCCAGAAAGUCCACAUCAGUUCAUCAGAUUGCAGAGAUCAUGAAGAAUGGGGGAAUUUGUGGAAUGCCCACAGACACUGUCUAUGUUCUUGUGGCAGCCUGUAAUCGCCCACAAGCUGUUGAAAAGGCAUAUAGUGUAAAGAAGCAGGCCAAAGAAAGACCCAUGUCCUUAUGGGUUGCAUCAAUAAAGCAGUUGGAGCCAGUCAGAAAACAGAUCAGCCCUAUUUUAUGGGACUUUAUGGAAGCUGCUUGGCCAUCUUCCAUUAGCUUGGUUAUAGCUAGAGCGCCAUGGAUGGAAUUCUUUGGACUGGGUGACUCAUCAAAAUAUAUUGGCACACCGCAGAGUAUAGCCAUCAGAAACCCAGACUGCACUGUUGCUACACACCUUAUAAAUGCAGUGGGUCCCAUUGCAGUCACAUCAGCCAACCCAACUGGUGAGGCUGAUACUACCCAUCAUAACCAAGUUUAUGCAAAACUUGGUGACAAGGUAGAUGGAGUGCUUUGUGAUGGGCCGUCACCAGAGAACAUUGCCUCCACAGUAGUAGACUGCACCAAAAUCGAGAGUGGACAGAUUGGAUUUUUCCGUGUUGGUCUAAUUCCCAAAUCUAAGGUUCUUCAGAUCUUUGAGGAGAUUCAGAAGAAGCAUUUGCACGGUGAACUGAAUAGCGCUUUUGAGACAGAUAUUGCAGAUCCUCAAAGAGAUCUUGCGGACUCUCAGACGAGCUUGUCAGACUCUGGGUGUGAUCAUGUGACACCUGUGGAAUCAGAGAGCUCUUUGGACUUCAGCCAAGAUGACCAUACGGAGCAAGAUGAGACUUUAUAGAUGCUUUCAAACUCUUAAAGUGUUAUGUCUUAUAAUCAUUGGAUGUGCUUAUUUUGAAUUGUACACUACAGCUGUUAACCUAACAGCAGAUAUUUCAGAGAAAUUAGUCAAGAAACAAGAAAAUUGCACAGGUUUAUCAAUAAUCUUUGUAAUUAUUUGAUUGAAAAUAAAAGAUGUACAUAGGGCUAAAUGCUGUAUAAGUAGAUGUAAAUAAUAUAUUUCUUACUGUGUCUGUGUCUGUGUUGGCCAUUAUGGUACUAGUGAAUACUUUUCUACUUAUUGUUUGUAAAAUAUUAUACUGUAAAAUUGUGUAAAUUAUUAAUGCUGUAUAAAUGUGUUAUUUUAUUUUUGUUUUUGUUUUGAGCCUUGUAUAAACAUUGAAAAGAUUCAUGCUUACAGUG